AAUAAAAAUAAAAAUAAAAACCUUUUACCGUCGGUUUCCUCUUUCUCCCCGCUCCCUAACCAUUCAACCUCUCUUCUUCAUUUCUCUUUGAUCUUCCUUCCCCUCUUCGGCGACAGAUCCGCGGCCGCAGCUCGAAUAUCUCCUCGUUUGCGAAUCCACGCCAGAUUUGCGACGGUGACACUCAUAUCUGCGACACUCACACCCUCGGUAUUAGAUCUGCAGUGGCAAACCUUUUCCAACUGAAACAUAGUGUUUUACGCGGUAAAUUGUCCUUUGAUCAAGUUUCUUAAGUAGUUUCCACCAACGCUUACGAGAAUUAGGGAAUCAUGAUCGGAGUUGGGAAGGUCAAGCAGUAUUCUAAUGUCCUCGACAGACCUCUCAGCAAGGGCAAACAGGAGGUGAGUUUGAGUGCAUUUGCAUUCUUGUUCUCUGAACUCGUGCAAUACAAUCAGACUCAGGUUGACAACAUUGCUGAGUUAGAACGAAGGUUGGAGGAUGCAGGCUAUGCAGUUGGUGCUCGAGUAUUGGAACUGUUUUGUCAUCGAGAGAAGGGAAAUAGACGGGAGACACGAUUGUUAGGAAUUCUGUCAUUUGUACACAGCACAAUUUGGAAGAUUUUGUUUGGAAAGGUUGCUGACUCACUUGAGAAAGGCACUGAGCAUGAAGAUGAGUACAUGAUCAGUGAGAAAGAGCUGCUCGUGAAUAGAUUUAUUUCAAUUCCAAAAGACAUGGGAGCGUUUAACUGCGGGGCUUUUGUAGCUGGCAUAGUAAAAGGUGUUCUGGACAAUGCUGGGUUUCCUGCUGUUGUAACGGCACAUUUUGUUCCAGUGGAGGGCCAACAAAGACCACGGACGACUAUUUUGAUUAAAUUUGCAGAAGAGGUAUUAGCAAGAGAAGCUAGAUUAGGUUAAUAUCAUCUGAAGUAAGCUUUUACAGCUUUGUGAUAAUGGAGAAUGGGGAAUGGUGAAUUUCUUUUUAGCCCUUGGAACAAAUAAAGAUUUCCACCUGCUAUAUCCCUGUAGUGAAGCUGUAAGGAACUUUCCCUCGUCAACUAAUUUCUUUACUUGAUGGCAAAAUGAUGGCACAAUUGUGAAACUAUAAGAUUUAGUAGUAUUAUUGUAAAGGUGUUUAUAUGAACUUCAAAUGGUUUAUUCAGCCUCUUGGUGAUAUUUGUGAACUCUGAAUGUUUGAACAGAACCACAUUUUAAUCUCUACCAAUUCAAGCUUUUGUUGCUAA